AAAAUAUAUGUUGCUUUGUUUCAUAACAGUAGGGCUGCUGAAGUUUGGCGCUUCCAAUGGUAUUCUAUUUCAUUUCUAAUAAGAUUUCUGUGAAAUGUGCAGAUCCUUUUCAUGAGGUGAAGAGCAAACGAGACAAGAAAAAAGAGGGCAAGGAUACAAUAGAUUCCAGAUCUCGUGGUGCCAAUAAUCUUGGGAAUCGUGGUGGUAGAAGUGGUCCAGACCGAUAUAUUGGACGCGGUGGCUCAACCCAUUACAGUGCUCAUGAGUCUGGCCCUUCGCACGGUAAACCUGCACAAAAGAGAGAAAAUGGAACUCAUGCUUAUGCAGGCUCUUCAUCUUCAGCGUCUGGUAUGCCAGGAAAUAACCUGAAUCGACGACCUCCAUCCCACAGUGAAGCAGUGGUCACAGAACAUAAAAUGUCUACAGUAGUUUUAGGUGAUGGGAUUUCUUUAUCAUCACAGUCUUCUGGAUAUCAAUCUGCUUGGCUGGGGGUUCCAGGUCAAGUAUCAAUGGCUGAUAUUGUGAAGAUGGGCAGGCCACAAAACAAGGCUUCUGGCAUGCCAAACCCACCUCAUCAAAGUGUUAACAAUCGGCAUCUUGUGGUACCUCCUUUGGCAGCAUCACAUCCCAAUCUACAUUCACCACAGGAUCAUGCUUCCAAGGUGUCAGAUGUAACUUACGAGCCUGAUGUCACCACAAACCAGCAUGUUCCUCCAAGUGAUGAAUGGCCCCCCAUUGAGAACCCAUCUGCUGCCAGUGUGACCUCUGUCUUAGAGGCACCUGCAGACUCUGGACUGUAUGCAAAUGCAUCUAACUUGCCUUUGGAUAGAACUAAUCAACACAUAAAGUCCCAGUUAGAGGAAGCUCAGGCAGUGGAUGAUGGUCCUGUUGAAACUCUCAAUGCAAACCAUGUUGGAUCUCCUUCUAUUUCAAGUAGAAAUAUACAAGAGGAUGAUUCUGGAGGUUCAUCGCUUUUUGAUAAUAGCUUAUAUAAGGAUAUGAAUUCCUAUCAGCCUCAAAGACAUGCUUUUGAGCAUGAUGAAGCUGAAGAUGGUGCUUCAUCAGUUGCUGUGAAUUUGCAGCAGCUUAAUUUACAUAAUGAUGAUCGGGAGCCAUCACCUGAAGAGGAUAAUCCUUCUGUAAUAAUUCCAAAUCACCUGCAAGUCCACACCCCUGACUGCUCACAUUUGAGUUUUGGAAGUUUUGGAUCUGGCAUUGGCUCUACCUUUUCUGCACCUUUUGCAUCAAGGUCUUUAAAGAAUAAUUUGGAUGAGGCUCCUGAAGCAACAGAUGCCUCAUCUAUUGGGCAGUCAGACAAUAGAAAUCCUGAGUAUUACGGGGAUGAACAUCUCAGAAAUAACACAGAGGGAAACAUAAUAAAUAGAAGUAAUGUCAGCACUGGGAAUUAUGAGGCUCCUGAAGAUUCUCAACCAGAGGUUUUGAAACAGGAUGCUUCUGAAGCUGUUCAAGUGAGCCAAUAUACAUUUCCUUCACCUGCAGCUGGUUAUAGCUAUGAAAACUCUCAACAGUUAAAUCCCGCUUUCACACAUCCACAGACAAGCUCUCAAAUGCAAAGCCUCACUCCUUUCUCAAGUGUAAUGCAAUCGUAUACAAAUUCAUUACCAAGCACUUUGCUGACCUCAACUGUUCAGACUGCAAGGGAGCCUGAUCUUCCAUACUCGCCCUUCCCUGUGACUCAGUCCAUGCCAACAAAAUACAGCAAUACAGCCUCUUCCAUUAGUGGUCCAACCAUCUCUAUGCCAGAGGCUCUAAGAAGCAGGUAGUAUUCUGCAGCACAGCCUACUCCACAGACCCUACCUGGUGCCAGUGUGCCCGGGACCUGCUCUCCCCAGCAUCUGGCCAUGCACCCUUUCCCAACCUACGCUCCGUUGGGACAUUUUGCCAACAUGAUUGGUUAUCCUUUCUUACCUCAGAGUUACACAUAUAUGCCAUCAGCUUUCCAGCAGGCAUUUGCUGGUAAUAGUACCUACCCUCAGUCCCUGGCAGCAGUGCUCCCCCAAUACAAAAAUAGUGUUUCUGUUAGCAGCUUGCCUCAAUCUGCUGCUGUUGCAUCUGGCUAUGGGUUUGGGAGUUCUACCAGCAUUCCUGGAGGACUUCCUCUGAAUCCACCUACUGCACCCACCGGCACAACUAUUGGCUACGAUGAUGUUCUGAGUUCUCAGUAUAAGGACAGCAAUCAUUUGAUGUCACUUCAACAGAAUGAGAAUUCAGCAAUGUGGAUUCACGGCCCUGGGUCAAGAACAAUGUCUGCUGUUCCUGCAAGCACAUAUUACAGCUUCCAGGGGCAGAAUCAGCAGGCUGGUGGAUUUCGACAAGGGCAACAGCCUUCACAGCAUUUUGGGGCUCUGGGAUACCCAAAUUUCUAUCAUUCACAAACGGCAGUAUCACUGGACCAUCAGCAGCAAAACCCUAGGGAUGGAUCCCUGAGUGGGACUCAAGGCCAGCCAUCAAAGCAGACCCAACAGUUAUGGCAAAACAGCUACUAAUCUUGUCACCUCCUGGUUUUUCAGGGUCUUGUAGUGAGUUUGAAAGUGGCCAAUCAAAGGCAUUCUUGCGAUUGAAUAAUUAUAUGUAUCAUCAUUGAUAGGUCUGAAGAGACCUUGACUGGCUACUGCCCUGUGCCACGAGGUUGUAUUUACUUAUUUAUUAUCUGGUUGUUUAACUUAGGAACACAGUGUGCUAAUUGGGAUAGUUGAUUUGCCCUUCACUUGUUCUUCUCAUUAUUUUCCUGUUAUCCCCUCUCUCUUAUAGUGAAAAUAUGCUUUUUAAUUUGA